CAAGAUGGGGGUGAUGUCAAGGAAGGUUUUGCCUGCAUGCGGGAAUCUGUGCUUUUUCUGCCCCUCACUGAGAGCAGGAUCUAGACAACCAGUGAAGCGGUACAAGAAGUUGCUAGCUGAUAUUUUUCCCCACUCUCAGGUCCACUUCCACCAUCACGUCGACGUUCCCUAUAUACUCUCGCAACAGCUAUGCUCAUAUUUUCUUCAAAAGCAUUCAAUAUAGGGCCUCUUAUUCCAAUUGUUAAGUCACCUCUUAAUGAGAAAACGGUUGAUCCGUAUCUCCAAUUGGUUGAAGACAGUAAACUCCAAGCUGUGAAUGCUGCCCCUGAGCAUUGCUCAAGAGUUUAUGGGUCACAAGAGGAUGAUAACAAUGCCUUAAAAUCUCUUCAAGUUGUAGAACUAACAGAAAGCCAGUCUAGAGAAUUCAUUGUUUCACAGAUCAUGAACAGCUUAAGUGAUUUAUCAGAUUCAGAAAUAUCCAUGGUAAGAAAUCAACUGCUAAGCGACUUCUGGCCGGAUGAUAUUUGUCCACUGGGGGCACAGUUCAUGGAAACAUCUAGACAAUUGCCAUUUGAGUCUAAAAAGGAGAACACUCAAGAGGUCACACCUGCAACUAUUUUGGUUGAUGAUGUCUUUCCUGAAGCAUUUGAAACAGUGCCAGACUCAUUAAAGUUGACCAGCAAUUCAUCCAAUCUUCUCAGUGUUGAUCAACUUUUAGAGAUGGUCCCGGAUACAACAUUACAAGUUGGAAGAUUUUCAGUGUCAACCACCUCUGACGUACCAUUCAAAGAGAUGGCUGGUCACUGCAAGGCUCUUGUGAUGGGAAAGCAUCAGAAGAUGUCUGUUCUUACAGGUGCUCAACAAAAACAUGAUAUCUUGCUUGGUGGCUCCUCAACAGAUCAAAAUGGAGACAAGAUGUCCUCAUGCUUCAAUGUUGACCAACCUGGAAAGAGUGACAAUCCUUUCCUUGAUGAGAAAUUGAAUUUAGACGUACAGAAUCAGUUUGGUGGCAACAAUAUGAUAUUAUACCAGUCCCAGUGCCUCAGGCUUCCGGCUUCAAGCCCAUAUGACCACUUCCUGAAGGCUGCUGGCUGUUAGAGCUGUCGUACGAACUCUGAAGGAGGGCCAGAACUCUCGGCCCCUUGUAGAUGUCGUCAGUGUAAAGUUUUUCCCAACUGGAAGCUUAUAAGAUUUCCUUUAGGAUGAUGGUUUCCACCAUUUUGUUUAGUUAUACAGGGAUCUUUGUUUCUGUUGUCAUGGAGAUGUGAGAUCCCAUUUGUUCAUUCUUUUCGUACCUAGAUCUGGUCGAGGACUCUGGAAAACAAGAAGGUUUUCCAAGUAUUUUUUGUUCUGAUGCGGAAUCAGAGCGGCUUCAUUUGUCGAAUCGCGAUGCUUAUAAACA